CAUUCAAUGUUGUUAUACCAUGGAACGAUACCGAGGUACCAGGUAGGUAAGUAGGUAUACAUAUAAUGUGAAGUGAUCGCCUCACAUCUUUUCUCCUUCUCAUCAACUCAUCCGGUGUUGUCGACUUUGACUCUAUACAAUGGUGUCAACUUCUCUAUACGUCUUGAGUGGCUUGACCGCUUUGGGUGGCAGCAUCGGUGCUGCUGCUCAGUCUAUCAUCACUGAUGAUACGACCUUCUAUGGCCAUUCACCGCCAGUAUACCCAUCUCCCAAUGGCACUGGUUUUGGUGAUUGGGCAGAGUCAUACGAUAAAGCACGAGCAUUUGUAGCUCAAUUGACUCUAGAAGAAAAGGUUAAUCUUACCGGCGGUAUUGUAGCAGACAGUAUCUGCUCCGGUAUCAUUCCCCCAAUCGAAAGGCUCAACUUCACUGGCCUCUGUCUAAGUGACGCCGGCAAUGGAGUGCGAACUACAAACUUCGUAACGAGUUGGGCUGCAGGUAUCUCAGUUGGAGCAAGCUGGAACCGCGAAUUGGCUCAUGAGAGAGCAGUUGCGAUGGCUGGCGAAUUUCGAGAGAAGGGUGUCAACAUUGCCCUCGGGCCUGUAGUAGGUCCCCUAGGCCGUAUUGCAACGAGUGGAAGAAACUGGGAAGGCUUCUCAAACGACCCCUAUUUGUGUGGGUCUCUCGCUGCCGACACCGUCAAGGGUAUGCAGUCAGUGGGAGUCUCAACGAGUACCAAGCAUUUCAUUGCCAAUGAGCAAGAAAGAAACAGAAACCCCGAGGGCAACGUCACUGCUGUAUCAUCCAACAUUGACGACAAGACACUUCACGAACUAUACCUCUGGCCCUUCCAAGAUGCUGUAAAAGCUGGCACUGUGAACAUCAUGUGUUCAUACAACCGAAUCAACAAUAGUUACGGCUGCGCCAACAGCAAAACGCAAAACGGAAUUCUCAAGACCGAAUUAGGUUUCCAGGGUUUCGUUGUAUCUGAUUGGUAUGCCCAGCACUCGGGUGUUGCCUCAGCAUUGGCAGGCUUAGACAUGGUUAUGCCGUUCGGCAGUGAUUUCUGGGGCGCAAACCUGACACUGGCCGUAAACAAUGGGUCGGUCCCGGAGCACAGGCUAGACGAUAUGGCAACCAGAAUAUUGGCUACGUGGUAUAAGAUGGGCCAGGACGAGGGAUUCCCAGCUGUGGGACAAGGAAUGCCUAUAGACCUCACGGUGCCCCAUCAACGAGUCAUUGCAAAGAAUCCAAAAAACAAGGGCACCCUGCUAAAGGGAGCGAUUGAAGGUCAUGUCCUUGUCAAGAACAUCAACAAUGCGCUGCCUCUAAAAUCGCCCAAGCUAAUCUCCUUAUAUGGAUAUUCAGCCAAAUCCUUCGACGCAUACAACCCUACUGCCGAGGGGGCCUGGAACCGGGGAACAGAAUCACUAGGACCUCAAGAUGUGAUCCCGAUCCCAGGUACCAAAGAUGAAGCGAUACACUCCCAGAUUGCCGCGAACGGCACAUUAAUCAGUGGUGGCGGAUCAGGUGCAAACCAGCCGGCAUAUGUCAGCUCUCCGUAUGAGGCUUUGAGCCAACGUGCCUAUGACGAUGACUCGAGCUUGUGGUGGGACUUCCACAGUGGCAACCCUCAAGUUGACCAAUCUUCCGAUGCUUGCAUCGUCAUUGGCAAUGCUUAUGCUUCGGAGUCGUGGGACAGGGUUGGACUACACGAUGACUACACCGACGCCCUCAUCACCAACGUCGCUGCCAACUGCAGCAACACAAUUGUAGUGUUCCACAACGCAGGUGUACGACUCGUCGAUCAGUUCAUUGACCACCCCAACGUAACGGCACUUAUCUUUGCCCAUCUUCCUGGGCAAGAUUCUGGUCGGGCCCUUGCAUCCAUUCUAUACGGCGAUGUCAACCCUUCGGGCAAAUUGCCGUACUCAGUGCCACGCAACGAGUCAGACUAUGGACCGAUCCAAAAUGAGACCCGACCUGACGGAAUCUACGAGCUAUUCCCUCAGUCCGACUUCGAAGAGGGUAUCUUCAUCGACUACAGGGCAUUUGACGCCAAGAACAUAACCCCCAGAUAUGAAUUUGGAUUUGGUUUGAGCUACACUACUUUCAAUUUCACAGACCUCCAGAUCUCCAAUGUUGAGGAUGCCGACACCUCUGAGUAUCCCACAAAGGACAUCAUCGAGGGUGGUCAGGAGGAUCUAUGGGAUAUCGUAGCCAAAGUCUCUGCGACAGUCACGAAUACUGGCGAGGUAGCUGGUGCUGAAGUAGCUCAGCUCUACAUUGCCAUCCCCAACGGUCCCGUGAAGCAGCUGCGUGGAUUCGAGAAGCCAGUUCUGGAGCCUGGUGAAUCUGCCACUGUUGACUUUGAGCUAACACGGCGAGAUCUGAGCAACUGGGACGUCGUUGCUCAAAAAUGGCAGCUGCAAAAGGGCGACUACGGAGUCUUUGUUGGCUCAAGUAGCCGAGACUUGCCUCUGACUGGAUCACUUACGAUAUAAGGUUCUUAGAACCUGGUACAGGCAGGCAAUCGAUAUAUUCUCGAUGUCUUAGUUGUUAAGGAUCUAUCGCAAUGAGGCGUGAUUAGUUCCCCCUAUUAAUUAAUAUAAUUAAUAAUCAUAACAUUUGUCCUCUUCAAAUCUACUCACCUACCAAUCUAAC